GUUCAAUUGGUUCACAUAUUUCAGUUCUUCUAAGCCCCGUGAGUCGUUUGGUUGGAUUGCAAAGAUGGCUCUCGUAGCACUCGUGUGGAUCGUUGGCAUACUUCUGCUGGCAUCAUUCCUGUGGGUCAAAAAACGAUUCAACUUUUGGAAGGAUCGUGGAGUGGAGUUUAUUGAGCCCGAGUUCCCGUUUGGGAAUUUUAAGACCUUGGGUAAGGUGGAACACAUUGCACCGAUUACGAGACGGCACUACGAUUAUUUCAAGCGCAAGGCCGUUCCCUUUGGCGGAGUGUUUAUGUUGACAUCGCCACUGCUGUACAUCUUGGAUGUGAAACUGAUCAAAACCAUCCUCGUUAAGGAUUUUAACUACUUCCCCAAUCGGGGUGUGUACUUCAACGAGAAGGAUGACCCAUUAUCGGCCCAUAUGUUCGCGAUCGAAGGACAAAAGUGGAAAGCGCUGCGGAAUAAAUUAUCGCCCACCUUUACGAGUGGUAGAAUCAAGAUGACCUUUCCGUUGGUGGUGGAUGUCUGCCGGCACUUUUGCGAUCAUGUGAGUGAGGUCGUGCUGAAGGAGAAUGAAGUGGAGAUGCAUGAUUUGCUGUCGCGAUACACGAUCGAUGUGAUUGGAACAUGUGCGUUCGGAAUUGAGUGCAACAGUUUUCGUGACCCAGACAAUGAGUUCCGCCGGUACGGAAAAAUUGCGUUUGAUAAACUGCCUCACUCUCCGCUGGUGGUUUAUUUGAUGAAGGCUUUUCGAAGCUAUGCCAACGCGCUAGGUAUGAAGCAACUUCACGAUGAUGUUUCCUCGUUCUUCACGAAGGUCGUGAAAGAUACAAUCGAAUAUCGGGAGACGAACAAUGUUGUGAGGAAUGAUUUCAUGGAUCUUCUGUUGAAGUUGAAAAACACCGGUCGCUUGGAAGAAUCGGGGGAAGAAAUUGGCAAACUUUCAUUCGAAGAGAUAGCGGCUCAAGCGUUUAUUUUCUUCACCGCCGGUUACGACACUUCUUCAACCGCCAUGACUUAUACCGUUUAUGAGCUGGCGCUCAACCAAGAAGUGCAGGAAAAAGCCCGUGAAUGCGUUUUGAAAACUUUUGAAGCGAACAAUGGCAGCCUCACCUACGAAUCCGUCGCAAACAUGGGUUAUCUCGAUCAGUGCAUAAAUGAAACACUCCGCAAGCAUCCCCCCGUUGCUAUUUUGGAACGGAACGCCGAUAAGGAUUACCGAAUACCGGACAGUGAUUUGAUAAUCAAGAAGGGGCGCAAAAUUAUGAUUCCCACUUUCGCUAUGCACUACGACGAAGACUAUUUCCCGAACGCUGAAUUGUACGAUCCGGAUCGAUUUUCGCCGGAAGAGGUAGCAAAGCGGGAUCCAUACUGUUAUUUGCCGUUUGGGGAAGGACCACGGGUGUGUAUUGGAAUGCGUUUCGGCACGAUUCAGGCCCGCGUCGGAUUGGCAAAUCUGUUGAAGAGGUUCCGAUUUUCGGUUUGCGAGAGAACGCAAAUCCCGGUGCAGUACUCGAGAACGAACUUUAUUCUCGGUCCAGCUAACGGGGUGUGGCUGAAGGUGGAUAGAUUAUAAUUUUUGAUCGAAUCACCAAAAUCUAAUCAUAUCGAUUUGAUGUGAUUAGCCAUUUUCUAUGAUUUCAGAUACUCGAUUAAUGUCCCAAAUUUAUAGUUAUGUUAUGAUAUAAUGUUUUUCAAAAUAAAUAGAUCUUUUUAAAAUAA